CUCAGAGUUGAAGGCUCCUCUCCCUACCGAGCAGCUCCGCGCACCGCCCCGCGACCGAGCCCGGAGCAGCUACUUUGCUCCCUUUUCUUUCUUUCUUCUCUCGUUUUUCUCCUGCUGGGUAGUGGCUGCCGCGGGGUGGGGGAGACUUUGAAUGACCAAGCUCGCGUCCACUUUUCUCUUCAUGUCGACGUCCCUGGAAACAGUCACACGGAUGCCAUGGUUACUUCUGCCACGCUCUUACAGGUGAACAAGGUGAUGUCCAUCUUGUUUUAUGUGAUAUUCCUCACUUAUCUCCGUGGCAUCCAAGGUAACAGCAUGGAUCAAAGGAGUCUGCCGGAAGACUCGCUAAAUUCCCUGAUUAUUAAGCUGAUCCAGGCAGAUAUUUUGAAAAACAAGCUCUCCAAGCAGAUGGUGGACGUUAAGGAAAAUUACCAGAGCACCCUGCCGAAAGCCGAGGCCCCCCGAGAGCCGGAGCGGGGAGAGCCCGCCAAGUCCGAAUUCCAGCCAAUGAUUGCAAUGGACACGGAGCUGCUGCGGCCACAGAGACGCUUCAGCUCGCCCAGGGUCCUGCUGAGUGACAGCACCCCGUUGGAGCCCCCUCCCCUGUAUCUCAUGGAGGAUUAUGUGGGCAACCCCGUGGUGGCGAACAGAACGUCACGCCGGAAACGGUACGCAGAGCAUAAGAGUCACCGAGGGGAGUACUCGGUAUGUGACAGUGAAAGUCUGUGGGUGACCGACAAGUCAUCCGCCAUUGACAUUCGGGGACACCAGGUCACGGUGCUGGGGGAGAUCAAAACCGGCAACUCUCCCGUCAAACAAUACUUUUAUGAAACGAGAUGUAAAGAAGCCAGGCCAGUCAAAAACGGGUGCAGGGGGAUUGAUGAUAAACACUGGAACUCUCAGUGCAAAACAUCCCAAACCUAUGUCCGAGCACUGACUUCAGAAAACAACAAACUCGUGGGCUGGCGGUGGAUACGGAUAGACACCUCCUGUGUGUGUGCCUUGUCGAGGAAAAUCGGAAGAACAUGAAUUGGCAUCUCUCCCCAUAUAUAAAUUAUUACUUUAAAUUAUAUGAUAUGCAUGUAGCAUAUAAAUGUUUAUAUUGUUUUUAUAUAUUAUAAGUUGACCUUUAUUUAUUAAACUUCAGCAACCCUACAGUAUAUAUAAGCUUUUUCUCAAUAAAAUCCGUGUGCUUGCCUUCCCUCGGGCCUCUCCCAUCUUUAAGCCUUGUUCUGUGAUUGGCUCUCAGGAGCGUCCUGUAAAGUCUGUGUACACCAGUAGCCUGCAUUCAGUAUUGC